GUCCCCAAAGUUCCUAGCGGGACGGACCGAAGUGCUCCAGUGAGUGAGACAGAUCAGAAGCAGCCGCGGUGGGAAAAGACUUUGUGGAAUAUCUUCUGAGGAAUAUUUUGCUUUCCGUCCCACCGUCCCGCCCCUCUUGGAUCUCCAUGGUUGUACUCGGGAUUUGUGGUCCAAAUCCAUCACAUUCUGCCCGUCAUCUGAAGGCGUGCGUCCCCGGAACUUUCUGCACCCCAUUAAAGUGAGAGAGACGUUUGCAGAACGCCACUCGGACUGAAGUCCAAGCAGAGACAAAAGUUCUGGAAUGAGUUUAAGUCAGCCCAGCUUGUCUCGGGGGGCUCUGCUGCAUCCCGGCCAGGUGUCGUUCGUGGGCCCCCACUGGGACUCUAGGACCCCGAGUCCCACUUCUGAUCCCGACAUGGGUUUCGAGCAGAACCUCUCCGGAGACUGCAGCUCUCCAGAUAACCUCGGACCCCCCAGGAGAGCGGAGUCAAGGGGCCCCGUUUCGGCCGGGCCCGGGGGUCAGAAUCCAGAUUUGGCGGAAGGCUCUGGUGAUGGAAAGGGCGUGGGGGGCGAGCAGAGGAUCCGCAGGCCCAUGAACGCCUUCAUGGUGUGGGCCAAAGACGAGAGGAAACGACUGGCCUUGCAGAACCCGGACCUGCACAACGCCGUGCUCAGCAAGAUGCUCGGCCAGUCGUGGAAGGCGCUGACCGCCACAGAGAAGCGUCCCUUUGUGGAGGAAGCGGAGCGCCUGCGCAUCCAGCACCUUCAGGAUCACCCCAACUACAAGUACCGCCCCCGUCGCAAGAAGACUACCAAGAAGCUCAAGCGCGUCGAACCGGGGCUUCUGCUUCACAGCUUAGCCCAGGGCGGAGGCCCUGCACAUGGGAUGGGUCCUGGCAUGGCCCCUCUGGGUGGAGAAGGUGGCCAUGGAGCUUCUCCUUAUGGACAUCCAGGUGCUCAUCACCACCACUCCCACCACCUGCUGCCCUCUAUGGGGCACUUCAGGGACCUCCAGGCACCAGGGCACCAGGACUUGGAGAGCUACGGCCUGCCCACCCCAGAGAUGUCCCCUCUGGACGUUCUGGAAAACGGAGCUGGUGAGUCCGUGUUCUUUCCCCAGCAUGCGCAAGAAGAAGCAGGGAUGGGAGGCUGGAGCAGCUACCACCACCACCACCUUCACCACCAUAACCCACAUUACAGCCAUCACUAUGGCAACCACCACAAUCCCAUGCACGGGGCAGCCACGCAGAGUCCGAGUCCUGUAAUGACUUUGAGUCCAAGUCGGAAUUCCAGAAUGUCCUCGGUGGAGUCAAACAUGGCUUCCACCAUGAAUCCCGUCCCUUCCGGCGUGUCAGGUCCAAUCAGGAUGAACUCAGCUCCGACAUCAGGCCGCCACAUCACCUUGAGAGGUCCCAUGAAAUGCCCACCACCAUCCCCCCAUGACUCAGUGUCAUACUCCCAGUCCUCAGUCAGCCUUGCAGAGACAGUGAAACCCCACCAAAGCCCUCUUUCUGUCGGCUACUUCAGCCAAAUAUACGGAAGUGCAGCCUCUAAUUUCACCCCGACUCACCUGGGCCAGCUGUCACCUCCGCCUGAAACCUCCCCCACUUCCUGCUCAUCCUUCCUCCCCACCGUGCACUCAGCAGACGCCUUGAAUCUGGAAUCUGCUGGACACUUUGGGCCUUCUUCCUCUACAGACUUCUGGUCCGAGGUGGACAGGCAUGAAUUUGACCAGUAUGUAAAUGCUGCCAGGAACCGAGAGGAGGCCUAUGGACCAGGCGGGGUCGGGUCCAAAGUCCUGGUGUGGCGGGGUAGCGGAGGUGUUAGUGGCGGCGAUGAAGGAGUCAGCCCACUGAUAUCUGCUCUUUCUGACGCUAGCAGUGCUGUCUAUUACAGCGCCUGCAUCACUGGCUAACACCUGACUGUGUUACAAGCAGCCAUACUUCAUCAUGCCUUUACCCCUUCGCAUUGCAUCAUAACAACAAAACGACACAUGUAAACAAUGAUUUGGAGCAUUAUUAACAAGCAUAUUGCACAACACAGCAGCAACAGAACCAAUGUUGUCAUAGGGGUAAGGCGCAAACUGCUGAAUCAGCAUUAACAGCGCUGAUGAUUGAAGUGUAACACGCAUGAUUUUCACACCAACAGCUGAGUAGCAACAUUUUAAAGUGCAUGCAGAGCUAGAUAAAGCUGCUGGAUGUUGACCAUCCAUGAUUGUUCAAAUGCAACUAAAGUUAAUUUUAAAAAAUGCAUCAAGAGGUUUCCGACAGCCACAGCUGUCAAUGCCAAUGUUUUUGACUAAUUAGAGACCCUGGUGGUUAUUUGCGAAUAUAGGAGACGCUGCAGUAAACUGAAUAGAGGUGUUAGACUGUCCACUAUUUGCAAAGAUGGCUUUUGCUAAAAACUACGUCCACUCUUAGAAUCAAAGAGGACAACUGGUAAACGUACCAACCAAACAAGAAAAUACUCAUCUUAUAUGUGUCGAUCCGAGCCUUUCGAUUGCCAGAGAGCAUCACCAAGCACGUGGUAGGUCAAUCAGUCAGAUCAGAGCCGUGAGAGUAGCUCCACCUUUGCCUGUGAUGACGUCAGCGCCGGGAGAAGAUACUCUGUGUUCCAAUUUCUUGAUGCCGCCUUUCAUACAAAACAUCAUAGGGAAAGGCAAGAGAAAAGACGGCCUUUACAGGCACCAUAAAAGAAGCUACAUCGCGGGUGUCCCAGCUUUUUCUAGCUACUUUGGUACAUUUUGUAUAUGAAAGAUGCUAAAACCAAUCCGGUGUAGGUCGAUAUAAGCUCAGCUACCUGAGAAAAAACAGCCUAGCUUUGUGUUAUGCGUGACAACGCAAACAUGUGUGUAAGACUAUAGCUCAUUAAUCAUAAAUUUCUUUUUACAACAUGUCUAGGGCCCAUAAAAACAAGUUGCGGGCAGAAAAUGGCCCCUGGGCCACACUUUGGACACCAGUUUGCCAUUUCGCCAGGUUAUAUUUUUCAUUAUUUUCUUGAUUUUCCUGACAAAUUUUAAUAUUUUCGAUUUAAUUUUAAUAAAAAAAUAAACAAGGUGACCUGACGCGUGAUUGUUUUUUUCUUUUCCAGUUGUGCAAAAGCUCACAUUAGACCCAUAUCAUUGUUUGCUAUGUAAUUUUGGAGUUAUUUAAAUGUUUUUCGAAGCUAAAAGUCGUAAUAUUAAUUAAUUUAAUUGUAUUAGUGUUGUGACUUCAGAGCCAACCCGGAGCUGCAGCCUAAUACACACUAAAUAACUGGAAGACUUGAGAGCAAAAACUGAAGGUCAAAGUCAAAUCCUCUUGUGGUUUUGAGGUUUCAAUGAAUUUAUUUAAUGUCGGUAUGAAGGCCAAAAGGGGGGAUAAAGGGGCGCUAAAGGGGAGAACUGGAUCCAGCUUCCAUGUACGCGUUUCCGGGAAUACAUGCACCACAAAGCCACUGAGGUAUCCCACAAACGAUUGGGAUGUUUUACAAGAUGGCUUUAGGAUUGUGAUAUAUUCCUCAUUUCCUCACGUCAUGCCAACAUCUCUGUAGGCAAACAUGAAACUGGUGCGGAUUAGGACAUCUUUCCUUUUAAUCAGGAGAUGUCUCAAACAUGCUUCUUGUUUAGCUUGAAAGUUUAAAGACAGGCGCUAUAUAUAUAUAUAUAUAUAUAUAUAUAUAUAUAUUUUUUUUUCAUCCAACACUGCAAUCAUGUUUUGUUGAGUUGGCGCCAGACAGAAUCAGCCACAAAGUAGUCCAACAAAAACAUGUAAGUACAGCUAAUACAAGGCCAGUUGAUUAUUACCAUCGAAGCAUCUCAAUUCGCGCACUUUUGUACUUGCACUUUGAGUGCGUAAGUGCGUCCACAGCGAUGCACAGUGCAAAUCAGCCUGUGUCUCAAAUGGAAUUCUUCCUUCAGUACACUUCAACUACUAUGUACUUAGUUCUUUAGAAAUUUUUCGAUAGUGUAUUGCUACCCAAAAUCCAUUUACUUACCGGAAAUGACAAUUGAGUACACAAUAUUUACCCACUUCUUCUCCUCUCCUUUUUCAUGGUUAAUUUCAACACCCCGAGUUAGUCCCGCUCCAUAGCUAAGGGGCGAUCCAAACGUUUUCAGGUCAAAACGGCAAAGUAUUUUAUCAUGUCAGCCUCUCAUUCAAACGGAAACGGCGUUGUUGGUGCCCUGAAACGGUAUUUUCAGGGUGGGAAAAUCUGAAAACGCCGGCUGGUCGUUUCCGUAUAGACAAGCAAUCCACUGCUUUUUUAAAACGUUGAUGUGAGCAUUGAUGACAAUCCAACAUAAUAUCUGAAUAUUUCGAGCGUCAUGGCUCACCGUAGUCGACAGUCUCCUGGUAUUUUCUUGUCUGACACUCCCAAAAUGACGCACAUGUAAUUUCCCUUUGUCAUAAGUCUCGACGAGCAUUGGAAAGCGUAUGACGACGGACUUACGCGCAUGUGUUCUUUCUUCUUCUGUGGUUUGGUGUAUAGGUGUUCCUUGUGUAUUACAUUGUUUUCACUCAUUCUGGAUGUAACUAUAUACUAAUCAAUAUGGACAGUGUGGACGCAACUUUUUUCAACCCGGCAAAAAAAAAAUCCCAAGAACGUUCCCGUGUGGACAGGGCCCAAGAUGGCGGCUAUUGAGAGUUGUAAGAGUCCAUCAGUGCACACUCACCAUGUCGAGCAUUUUGAGUGCAACAUUAGUACACUGCAUUUUGCCCUGCUUCUAGUGUGAACACACUUAUGCACUCAAAAGACUAAGUGCAAGCACACAAGGUCACCAAGUAUUUCAUCGUUUUCAGCUUUUCAUUCACACAACAACAGCGUCCUGGGUGCCCUGAAACGGUGAGAAAAUCUGAUUACGUCGCCUUGUCGUUGCCGUGUAGACACGCAAACCACUACUUUCUGAAAACGACGUCACUGCCCCAUUGCUGUCACGUGACCAGAAGAACAAGAGCGAGCCUCGAACGCAUAACAACAACAAUGGUGGCCUACCAAUCUGUGUUUGUGCUGCAGUUGCAUCCAUCCAUCCAUCUUCUACCGCUUGUCCGAGGUCGCAGCCUAAGCAGGGAAACCCAGACUUCCCUCUCCCUGGCUAUUUCGUCCAGCUCCUCCUGGCGGAUCCCGAGGCGUUCCCAGGCCAGUUGAGAGACAUAGUCUUUCCAAUGUGUCCUGGGUCUUCCUUGAGACCUCCUUCUGGUCGGACAUGCCCUAAACACCUCCCAGGGGAGGCAUACUCACCAGAUGCCCGAGCCACCUCAUAUGGCUCCUCUUAGUGCGGAGGAGCAGCAGUUCUACUCUUGAGUCUCUCCUGGAUGCCUGUGCUUCUCACCUUAUCUCUAAGGGAAAGCCCAGCCGGCCUACGGAGAAAACUCAUUUCGACUGCUUGCAGUUGAAUUCUUCUGAUAUUUAUUUGUCUUAUACUUCAAAGUGACUCGCAGAAGUCAUUUCAUUUCAUCGUCAGUCCAGAUAAAAGACUAGGGUUUUUGGCGCACACUCUCGCCAUCAACUUGUUAUUUUUGUUUGUGUUGCGCAAGACGAUGGAUCUUACGCACAUGCGUCCUGUCUCCUCGUUUUGGUGUGUCACAUGGUUCUGUCUGCGUUACAGCGCCACAUGUAGAUGUGCCUUACACAUUACAUCGUUUUCACCCAGUGAUCAGAGCUGAAAACGUCCCCUUGUGGAUAUGACUAUUUACUGAUCACACUGUGUGGAUGUGAUUUUUUUCCCAACUUGACAAAAAACAACAACCCAGGAGCGUCCCCGUGUGGACGGGGCCUUAGUCACCUUCUUGGGUACGUAGUGGAAGAGGAAAAACAAGUGGUUGCAACUCACCAUUAAAAAGGAGAAGAAGAAAUGGGUAAAUAUUUCGAUCGUCAUUACUGCUGAAGUGCGCAACUACGUACACAGUAUAGUUAUAGAAGGGUACUGACGGAGGUGUUCCAAUUGAGACACAGCACGUUUGCUUGCUUGUGUACGACAGAGUAUAAAAAAAAAAAGUAAUCUGCGAUUGAGAAUAAAGUCGUAAAUUUACAAGAAAAAAGUCGCAACUCUACGAGAAAAAAAGUCGUAAACUUACGAGGAAAAACGAUGUACAUUCACGAGAAGAAAGUCGUAAUGUUAUGAGAAUAAAGUCCUAAAUUGACGACGAUGAAGUCGUAAUAUUUACAUGUCAUCGUGCUAUUUGUGUCAAAGGGAAACUUUAUAACGUGGCAGCAAAACAGAGCCGUUGAACAGAUUAGCAUGUCUAGCCCUUCUCCAGCAUGAGGCGCUCACACUUCUGCCUUCCU